AUGACCCUCUCAGAAAUCAAGAACCGCAUCACUUCUUUGGUGAGCGGAAAGCAAUUCAGCUAUAGCGCUCUUCCCGAGAACGUCGGCCAAGAGGAGCCCCGGAAACGUGCUGUAUCAUGGGCUGAACGACACAAAUCACUCCUCCGGCUCACCGGGGUUGCACUACUCUUCGCCAUCGUAGGUAUCUUUGGGAUAAACUUUACGAGAACGAACAAAAAGCAUUACUGUGAUCAUGUGAAGUCUGGCUUUCAAUGUGAACCGGCCGUGUCUCAUUCAUGGGGCCAGUACUCGCCUUAUUUUUCCGUGCCCUCUGAAAUCCCGAAUGGUAUUCCAAAGGGUUGCGAGCUAACCUUUGCGCAAGUGCUGUCGCGCCAUGGAGCUCGUGAUCCCACACUGGGCAAGAGCUUGCUUUACGCGAUUCUCUUCGAGCAAAUACAUAACAACGUGACGGACUAUAGCAAACAAUACAGUUUCAUCAAGGAUUACAAGUACUCUCUUGGCGCCGAUGAACUUACAGUAUUCGGUCAACAACAGCUAGUCUAUUCCGGCAUCAACUUCUACCAGCGAUAUGAGAAGCUGGCAAGAAAUGUUUCGCCCUUUGUCAGAACUGCCGGCCAGAAGCGAGUGGUAGAUUCGGCGGUCAACUGGACGCAAGGCUUUCACCAGGCACGCUUGGCGGACAAGAAGGCCAAAUUCCCCGAUGCGUACCCUUACGAGCCGGUCAUACUCCCCGAAGUGGAAGGGUUUAACAACACGCUGAGCCCAAUGACAUGCACCGCGUUCAACGAAGGUCCAGACACAGGAAAUGAAGCCCAAACGAUUUGGGUUGACACGUUUGUGCCGCCAAUUGCAGAGCGGGUCAACAAGAACCUCAUUGGAGCUAACUUGACCAACCACGACAUCAUCCACUUGAUGGACAUAUGCCCAUUUGAGACAGUCGCCAACAAAGACGGCCACCUGUCUCCAUUCUGCGAUCUAUUCACUGAGGACGAGUGGCACGGUUUCGACUACUACCAAACACUCGGCAAGUGGUACGGCUAUACCAACGGCAGUCCACUGGGACCGACGCAAGGAGUUGGGUUCGUCAAUGAGCUCGUUGCCAGGCUCACGGGCCAGCCGGUAGUCGAUGCAACGACGACGAACAGCACGCUAGACAAGUCUCGCAAGAGCUUCCCCCUCGAUAGCGUGCUCUAUGCGGACUUCAGCCACGACAACGACAUGUCGGGUAUGUUCGGGGCGCUGGGCCUGUACAAUGCCACGGAGCCCCUCUCGAACACGACCAAGGCUAGCCCGAAGAAGACCAAGGGCUACGCAGCCAGCUGGGCUGUGCCCUUCGCGGCGAGGAUGUAUGUGGAGAAGAUGCAGUGCGAUGGCGUCGAGGAGGAGUUCGUGCGGGUGCUUGUCAACGACAGAGUAAUCCCGCUGCAGAACUGCGACGUCGACGCGUUAGGCCGCUGCACCUUGAGCAAAUAUGUGGAUAGCCUGAGCUUUGCCAGGCAAGGAGGGCAUUGGGACAAGUGCUACGAAUAG